AUGUGCCCUACAGAUUCCGCGCGAUACCGCUACAUCCAGCCCAAAGCUUUUGGGUCUUACUCGAGAUUCAAUACUCAGCGUGGGGACCUAACCAUUUCUUUCUCCGGAAAUUUGAUUCGCCAAGGAGAGCUUAUCGAGGCGAAAGCGGAAUUAACGGAGUGGAAAUACGGCUGGGUAGAGACCUGUCUACUCUUUUUACCGCAAUGCCCUCAAACUCCUAGCUACGCGAAGGCGGAAAACCCGACCGAAAACCCCCCGCUAUCUCGUACCCUUCAGGACGCAGCGAUUCCUAACGAUAACCAAACUGUGAGAGGUGUACCCAGCUUGGUUGGAAUGAAAGAGUGGCUGCAAAUUUUGGGACACUCGGAAAGUGAUGUCAACGACAUUAAUAUCAUCCAUAUCACUGGGACGAAGGGUAAAGGGAGUACAUGCGCGUUCACUCGCUCAUUUCUCCAUGCGCAUGGUUUGAGAACGGGAUUUCCAAAGCGGAUCGGGUUAUAUACCUCCCCAGAUUUGCAAUGCAUCCGAGAGAGAAUACAGAUCGACAAUCAACCAAUAACGGAGGAUCUUUUCACGCAAUACUUUUUUGAGGUGUGGGAAAGCCUUGCAUCUUUCGGUUUAGGACAGGACGUCGAAACCACGAGACAGCCUCGGUACCUACAAUUUUUGGCUUUGUUAGCUUUCCAUACAUUCAUCAGGGAAAAAGUUGACGCUGCAAUAUUUGAGACUCACCAUGGCGGGGAGUACGAUGCCACAAACGUGAUACAGAGACCUGUCGUGACAGGGAUCACCUCCCUUGGGAUGGACCACGUUGAGCAGCUAGGCCCUACAAUCGAAAGCAUUGCUUGGCACAAAGCAGGAAUAUUCAAGCCUGGAGCACCUGCAUUCUCGGUGCCACAGGAAGCAGGACCCAUGAAAGUCUUGUGUGAUCGUGCCGCCGAAAAGAAGACUAGUCUGACGUUCGUUCCGACUGAUAAUCCUCUUCCUACCAAUGCCAGGGUGCUGAGUGUCCCAGUACAGCGACUCAACUCCUCCCUAGCCCUUGAGCUAGCUAGAACGCUCUUACAGCUCAAAGCACCUGGCCAUACAAUGGACUCCGACGAUAUUUCUAGAGGCAUCGACAACUUUUCGUGGCUCGGGAGAUUCGAGGUUAUAGAAGACGGGAUGUCUCAAUGGUUUUUGGAUGGGGCGCACAACCUUCUGAGUCUCAAACAAGCAGCGGAAUGGUUUUCAAAUAACGUCGAUGCCCUGAAUCCGCGGAGGUGUCGUGUUCUUAUCUUCAGCCACUUCUCUGAGGAACGUGAUGGAGUGGCGCUAAUGGAAUGUCUGGCGCAUGCUCUUUCGGAAUACAAUGUGAGGCCAGAUCAUGUCAUCUUCACCACAUACCAGGAGAGAAUCGAUGGGUCCACGAGAAUAGGCAAGUAA